ACGGGGCAGGGCGGUCAGAGGGAAGUAAGCCACAUGUCCAGAUCCAGUUCAGAAGGAGAGGGGAAAGAACAAAACCUGGUUUCAACAUGUUCACGGCAGCAGUGCUGUCAGUGCUGCUGAUGAUGGGGGGUCUCGGCGGAGCGGCGGCGUCCGACUUCCACGUCUUUGGGAAACCCUUCCACAACGACGAAGCCCUGCGGAGCAGCAGCGACGACAGACACUCUGUGAGGAAGCAGCCGCGCCAGCAGGUGCCCAGCGGCAUCCGCAGAAGCUUGGAUCUGGAGAGCUUCAAGCUGCACAUGACCCCGGCCACCAGCAAGAUGAGCCUGCCGACCAUCAUCAAGCUGUACCCGCCCACGGCCAAGCCGCUCCACAUGCACGCCAACAUGCCCCUGCGCUUCGGCAGGGACAGCAACGACGAGAGGGUGCCCAACUCCAGCCCCAACAUGCCCCAGAGGUUCGGCCGGUCCUGGGGGCUGAUCCGGCUGUGCGGAGAGUGCCGCGGGGUCCGAGACGCUCCCAGCCCGGUGCUGCCUCAGAGGUUUGGAAGAAACGCUCCUUACUGGAGCCUCCUGAGGACUCUGGCCAGUGAACACCUGCUGGACACCAGUUUGCAAUGGGCUGAAGAUUUUGACUUUAAGACCAGCUCGGAGGAAGAUGUAGAGACUGAAGAAAAGAGCUUCAAAGGAUAGCCAGAUCUCAACGGACCUCUGUUGAGGUGCUGAUGAUGCGGUGUUUUUAUUGUAAAGAUGUUUCAGGUUAUCAAGGCAAAGCUUAGAUGUAAAGUAUUACGUUUUAGAUGUUGUCUUUUGAAAAUGAUGUCAUUGUCAGUGUCAGAAACUGUUAAAUCGAACUG